CACCAAUGGCGGAACUUUUAGGAAUGUCUGUAAUUUUAUUUUCAGCCUUUGUCGCAUCUGUGAAGACCUGUGCACUGGCUCAAUCCGGUGGUGGUCGAUCUCAGGCACAAGCAACAUCUGCACCGACAGCUCAAACAGCUUCAACACAACAGCAAAAGGACGGUCAUGAGAAAAUAGAGAAAGAAAUCAAUGAGGAUACAAUGACAGUCGCCAGAAUAUGAAUGAUGACCUACG